ACUUUAUGCAUGGCGAGAAUUUGGCAGUUAUUUGCUGAAAACAUAUAAGUACUGGUAAAGAAUCCGGGAACCUUGCUAGAUUAACUGCCUGUUACAUAACUGUAACACUGCUAAAAAAGCGCUCAACACAAGACGAACAAAACAAAACAAACAAAUGAAAUAUUUUCCGUAACAAAAGUGUUUUUGUUAUCUGACUGGUUGUUACUGUCGCUAUUUUACGAUCUUCUUCAUAGACCACUUCAUAUUUAGGUUCGAAAAAGUCAAGGAGAUAUAAACUUACAAUCUCACCAGACGAAAAUAAUCAGUGGACAAAAUUUGAAUAUCAUUUUUGUGUAAAUUGGAUAAAACAGAAAGAUAUUUCAAAAGAACCUUUUUACAAAGAAAUCAGACCUGCUGAGGAGACGGACUUAAAAUGAAAAUACAACGAACAGUCCAUUUGAUACUGGUGUUAGCUGAAGUUAACGAAAUCAUCUCAGCUCAUCUGGAGAAAAUGAACACGUGCAAAGAAGUGAAAUUACACCACCGAAAAUCUCUAGAUUGCAGCCAUCAGAACCUCUCAUAUAUCCCAAAGACUGAAAUUGACAUUCAAACUUUGAUAUUCAGUUAUAACAAUUUAAUCAAUGUAACAUCGGAAACAUUUGGAAAUAUCAGCAAACCUGAUAAUCUAGUUGAUCUUGAACUUGACCAUAAUUAUAUUCAACAUAUUUCUGCGGACGCUCUUGAUGCAUUCCCAAAUUUGAAAUUCUUGUACUUAUCUUACAACCCAAUACACUAUAACGAUUUAAAACUUCUCCUUGGUGUUUUGUCCAGCUUUAGAUAUCUUACUCACUUAAGUAUAAGUGGAAUUAGAUCCAUAACCAUCCAGAACGACUUGUUUUCUUUGGUGAAAGAAAAUAGGAUAGAAACUCUGGAAGUUACAUUUUACGACAUUGAAAAAGUGUCAAUAGACAUAUUAAGAAAUUUCAACAGUUUGAAAACACUGUUUUUGAGAGACAAUCAUAUAGAAGAAAUAAUCCUGUCUAAAAAUUACCAUUUGCGUGAUUUAUACCUUGAUCACAAUACGCUAAAGUUUUUCCCUGACUUUUCCGUUAACGGUGACGAAUCCGACUGCUAUAUUCCGAACCUUGAGUUAUUGUCUAUCUCCAAAAAUGAAAUACAGAAAAUUGAACAAGAAAAUUUCAAAUGUUUAUCUAAAUUGAAAACUCUUGAACUUGGUCAAAAUCCCUUUCAAAUAUUACAAAACAAUAUCCUCUCAAAAUUGCCAAAUUUAUACAAGUUAACGCUGAGAUUUUCACCCACAGGCAGUAUAAAAGUGGAACCGUUUGCUUUAAAAUCAACAUCACUGAACUAUCUUGAAAUGGUGUGGAAUAGUCCAGCCAGAGAUGUGUUUGAGUCUUUCGAUGACACAUUUAAGUAUUUACCAAAUUUGAAAACUUUGCAACUUGGCUUUAUUGGUAUGUAUGGGUUAAAUAACCAGGAAUUUUCAAGAUUAUUCUCACCACUUGUAUACAUUCGCUUUUUCCAAUGCUACGCAUGUAGCAUUUCUCAGGAUCCAAAAGCUAUUUUGAAAAGUAUGAAAAAUGUAGAAAGUAUCGAUCUUCAAUAUAAUCGAAUCACAAAGUUAAGUGAUGAAACAUUUAAGGAAAACACCCAUUUAAUGUAUCUCAGGUUAAAAAAUAAUGCGAUUGGGCAUAUUCCCGAGUCGACCCUACCAAUUUCACUGUUAAACAAAUUACAUACAAUAGAUCUUAGUCAGAAUCCUUUUGUAUGUGACUGCGACCUUGAAUGGUUAAUCAACUGGAUAGAAAAACACAAAAAUAAGACUGUUAUUUUGAGUUAUCCACAGAAAUAUAUAUGCUCACUUCCACCUAAAAGGUCUAAAUUAAGAUUGUCGGAUAUAACUUUUACAUACAAAGAAUGCAACCCAUGGAGUCCAUGGAUCUGGGUUGCAGUGAUCGGCUCGCCUUGUGUCAUUGUUAUAGCUAUUAUCAUGGUCAUAGUUUACAAGAACAGAUGGAAUAUAAAACAUUACAUUUAUUUGGUUAGAAAGAGAAGGAACUAUCAAGUCAUUCAAGGGCAUAACUUGGUGUAUGAUGCCUUUGUUGGAUAUGAGGCAACAGAUUCGGCAUGGGUGCGCCGAAGACUGCUGCCUAUCCUUGAAGAUGAAGAGGGAUUGAAAUUAUGUAUUCACGAAAGAGACUUUGUUCCUGGCGCUUUUAUAAAUGACAAUAUAGUCACCAAUAUGGACAUGAGUGCAAAAAUCAUUCUUGUCGUAACCAAUGCUUUUGCUUGUAGCGGAUGGUGCACGUUUGAAUUGAAAGUUGCACAUUCAAAACUGAUUGAAGAUGAAACAGAGCUUGUAGUCAUCCUCUUAGAGAAAAUACAUGGAAGAAAUAUGAACUAUUCUCUGAAAUUGCUAUUUGAUACUACAACAUACAUAGAAUGGACAGAGGAUAUUGUAGGCCAAGAAUUGUUCUGGGAAAAACUGAAAAAUGUUCUGAAGAAGUGAAUAUGCACUAAAUGUUCUUGGGUAAAGAUUAUAGAUUGCUAAUUAAUUAACAAAUUGCUGUUAUAAUUGUUACACUUGAUAUCAUUUGAAAGUGCCGUUGGAUGUGUAUUUCGUUUUGAUUUUAAACGCUAGCUAAAUGGUAUGCGCCCCUUGUUAUGUUAAUCUAAGUAAAUUUUACAUGAAAUAGUCCUUCAUCAUUUUGGUGUUUAAAACUACUUUCCUGUACAUUUUCUUUGUCUAAGGUUUGAUAUGGAUAUAGGGAAAUAUCAUAUUCAAACUAAAGGCAAAAGUACCUAGUUCAUAACAAUAUGUAGGUAGCAGACAGAAAUACAGUAAAAUCACUUAUUUCUAUUUUGCCAAAAUUAAGCGAAUUUGAAAUAUUGGGUAUGUACGCGAGGUAUCAUAUUCCCGAGAUGGUGAAAGGAAAAUGUAAAUUCUGCUUGAUUUGGCUGUUGACCAGAAAACUUACACAACGUAAAACCGCCAAGUUUAACAAAUUAUUGCUAGAUGCUAUCAAGUUCGCGAGAUGGUGAAAAGAAAAUGUAAAUUCUGCUUGUUUUGGCUGUUGACCGCAAAACUUACACAACGUAAAACCGCCAUGUUUAACAAAUUAUUGCUAGAUGCGUCGUGGGGCAUAACAUUAUAAUUGUUAUGAUAAGUUUUAAAUUCAUCAUGAAAGCCUUUUACAACUAUGGCAUUGUAUCGAAUUUAAUUGACUUAAAUUGUAAAAAGAUUAAUUUUGUAUAUGUUUAUAAUGUUUGUAUUGAAUAAAAACCAAUACUAUUAGCCCAACUUUAAUAUAUAUUGAAACAAAUAUUCUAUUUGUCUUUGAAUUAUACUAUCCUAGAAUAAUAAUUAGUACGGAAAACACAGAACUUAGUCGAUAUUUUAAAAAUAUUUCCAGUUCAAUUUCAUGUGUUGAACAGUUACUAAUGUCUCCAACUGAAGUGUGAGCUGUUUACAUAAAAUAUUAAAUUAAAAACUAUGCUAAUGUUUUAAUAAUAGGUGUUUUAAUAGUGUUAAAGUACAGGAAGUAGCACGUCCCACGGAAUAAGUGGAGAGUGCUUAGACGUCUAGUGAGUUAAUUUAAGUGCCUUACAAAAAAUACUGUGAGUAUGAAUUACGUAUAACACCGCUCCGUUAAAUCAUUUCGAUUGUGAUGGCAUGUAAUAAAACCCUUAUUGAAUGGUUUCCCCACCCAAAAGUCAAAACUUUGGACCUCGGACAGUAGUUUCGACCGCUGGCCAUUGACCAGCAAGCCAUUCGGUCAGUGCAUAUUAUAUACUGUCUGUAUGAAGUUAUGAAUAUGUACUUAAAUUUUGUCAGAAAAGUAAUUUUUAUAAUAAAGACUUUACUUCGUUAUCGUGUUAUUUUUAGCAAAACUUAUCUAACACCGAUAAGCAGAUAAUACCUAAUUCCGACAUAUACUUUAUGAUAACUGUAUUGAUUUUGUUUGUUAUUUUAAAGUGAAAGAUGCCAAUCAUGUUGUGGUCAAUGAAUGUACUUGCAUCAACGAUGGAUUCGUCGUACUUGGGACAGUUUUAGUGUUUCCGGUAGUUUUAUACUGUUACCUCACACGCAAACUGAAUCUUUAAAGGAAACAACCACAGCUGUAAAUGCAAUUAAUUAAUUGUAAACCAAGGUUAGCAUUUUGCAAAACUUACAUAUGUUUCAGACGCGUGUGUGUAACUGAACAUCAAACAUUUGAAGACUAUUUGUAUCAAGUUAUUUUAUGACAGUGGCUUCUAUUAGAGCAGAUAAACUGAUAGGUAUCAAAAAGUCAGAUAAAAUACUGAUGAGAGUUUUUCUUACCGUCUAUCAUGUUUAUUCACUUGGAAUUAAGCUUAUCAUGCAUCUACAUGUAAUUUUCAUUUGCUUGCAUUAUUUUUUGCAAUUUUUGCUAUCACUAAAAUGAUCAUGAAUACUUAUUAUUCUGGUUUUGACAAAUAAAUGAAUUAUGCUUUAUA